AUGAAGAAAUCAGAUGCCAAGGUGGAGAUUUGUGUUGAUGUGUCAUCCGAUUUAUGCUUAUGUGGAGUCAAAGUUUUUAUACUUUGGUCAGAGGAGGCCUUGUUGCAAGCUGUGGCAAAUCAGCCAGUUUGUGUUGCGAUCGAGGGUAGUGGCAGAGAUUUUCGGUUUUAUAAAAGCGGUGUGUUCAAAGGGAAUUGUGGCACAAAUUUAGACCAUGGGGUAACAGCCAUUGGGUAUGGUACUGAAUCUGAUGGCACAAAGUACCAGCUGGUGAAGAAUUCUUGGGGUACUGAAUGGGGCGAGGAUGGGUUUAUGAGGAUUCAGAGAGAUGUUGAAGCUGAGGAAGGCCUUUGUGGCCUUGCCAUUGCACCUUCUUAUCCAUCUCUGUAA